GGACGUUUGGAGGGACGCCUCUUAAAAUGAUGUCAAUGGAACGCCACCGAAGGGACUAUUUAUCUGGCGGAGGAGUCACCUGUCGGAGCGCGCUCCUCCUUGCUGCCUGCCUCCAAACCCGCGGCUGACUGAUUCGGCAGAAGGUGUCCAGCUUCCUCAUCUUCGGCGGUAUCGGGUGAAUGGACUUGGACUGCAACUGCCUGCCGAACUCGGCUUGAUUUGUUUUGGAUUCUCGCUCCUGUCCCAUUUUGUUCGCACAAGCCAAUGCUUUAAAGUUGCAAAAUGUGAUAUGAUUGGCCCGAAGAAAGAAAGAACCGAAGACAGACAAGGGCUGACGGGAGAAGCAUAUGCUUAUCAAGACUCGUCCCUCUGCAGCCAAGGACGCACAAUCAAACAUGACGUCAUGAUCCAUUGCAAGGAUCAUCAUCUUGCCCCCCCAGCAGACAACAGAGACGCAGAAAGGCAUCCAGCUGAAAGGUGACCUCCAGACACUUCACCUCCCCAAAAUGUUUGAAUAUGCCAGGACAUAACAAUGACCUCCAACAGCACAGACUCUUCUGGUCUCUUCUUAAUUUCCAACACCUUGCCAGAAGCAGGAGCAGCAGUAGGAUUAUCACCCCCAUCCAAUUCUCUUCAUCAAGCGGGAACAGGAGCCUGGUUGGUUUUUCACGUGACAACCCCAGGUGUCAAUUCCUCUUCUGUGAAUUCCCUUUUAAACUCUACCCAAUCACAAGAUGGAAAUGGGACUUUGGCACCGGAUCCCUUGGGCGGGCACACUGUGUGGCAGGUGGUCCUUAUUGUCCUGCUGACUGGAACACUCUCGCUGGUCACUAUCAUCGGCAACAUCCUGGUGGUGGUGUCUUUCAAGGUCAAUCGUCAGCUAAAGACGGUGAACAACUAUUUCCUGCUAAGCUUGGCGGUGGCUGAUCUCAUCAUAGGGGUCAUCUCUAUGAACCUCUACACAGCCUAUCUUGUGAUGGAUUACUGGGCAUUGGGGAACUGGGCCUGCGACCUUUGGCUAGCUAUUGACUAUGUAGCCAGUAAUGCUUCAGUUAUGAACCUACUCGUUAUCAGCUUUGACCGCUACUUUUCAGUAACAAGGCCUCUGACUUAUCGGGCCAAACGGACAACAAAGCGAGCAGGGAUCAUGAUUGGCCUGGCUUGGUUUGUCUCUCUGGUACUUUGGGCCCCAGCAAUCCUUCUGUGGCAGUACUUUGAGGGUCAAAGGACAGUACCCCCGGAUAAGUGCUAUAUUCAGUUCCUCCAACAGCCCAUCAUAACCUUUUGCACAGCCAUGGCAGCUUUCUACCUGCCUGUAACCAUCAUGAGUGUGCUCUAUUGGCGGAUUUACAAGGAGACUGAGAACCGUUCCAAAGAGUUGGCUGGACUGCAGGGUUCAGGGGCUCGUACUGGUGGUGCGAUGGCCGCAAGAAACAGCAACGGCGGUGGUGAUAGAGCACGUUUUAUGCGUCAAACAGGGAGUUCAAGGAGUUGCAACAGCUACGAGCUGACUAGAUUGUCCCAAAGAAAGAGCACUUGUCGGGGGCUGGUCAGCCGCCUUCAUUGCUGGCCGGGGGUUCGAUCCUGGAGGCCUGGCAGUAUCCGACAAGGAGAAAGGGAUCCAGACCAAAGUAGUAGUGACAGCUGGAACAACAACGAUAACACAGUAUCACUUGACCAGUCGGGCUCAUCAGAUGACGAAGAGUGCGGGGUAAGAGACAGACACACUAUUUUCUCUAUUGUUCUCAGCCUACCUGGUAUAAAGGCGGCUGUCAACUCCCAGCUCACUUCCUGUGAGGACUUAGAUGAAGCCUCAGAACACGACCCACUGAGGGCAUCUGAAUAUAACAGAGACAGCCUUACAACAGUAGCUACUGACACCAGUGCGGCCGCCAGUCCCGAUGGCACAAAUAACACGGAAAACAGCUAUCACCAGCGCUUCUGUUCACGCAAGAUACAGUCAAUGCCGACUAUCAAGGAUACCUUGAACUCUGGAUCCACUGGUCCUCUGGAUGAUACGACUGCUGCAAUACCUGACUCUACCACCACUAGCGCAGCUACCAAAUUCCCUUCCGUCCCAAUGUCCUUCAAAGAAGCAGCUCUCGCCAAGCGUUUUGCAACCCGAGCCCGGACUCAGAUCUCCAAGAGAAAACGCAUGUCCUUAGUGAAAGAAAAGAAGGCCGCUCAAACUCUCAGCGCAAUUCUCUUUGCUUUCAUUAUCACGUGGACGCCGUAUAACAUUAUGGUCCUGAUCAAUGCCUUCUCCAAAGCCUCCAUACCAGACACCCUGUGGGCCGUGGGCUACUGGCUCUGUUACGUCAACAGCACCGUCAACCCGAUGUGCUACGCCCUGUGCAACAAGACUUUCCGUACAACAUUUAAGAUGAUACUGCUGUGCCGCUGGGACCAGAAAAAGCGGAGGAAGCUACAAUUCCAGCAAAGACAGUCAGUGGUCUUCCACAGGAGGAUUCCCAGAGAGUCAACGUAAAGGACCGAAUAGCGGUUUGAGGAUGACAUGAAAAAUAAGAAGCAUCCAUGUGCAUCUCAAGGGAGUUUGUCCUAGGCACUUCCACCAUAGCAAACGUUUGCAGUGGUUUCGAUGUACUGUAUGUACCGUGUCUAUGUGCAUGCAAGAAGGGCUGUGCAAGGUGGCAUCCGGAGACACAAGAUGUUGAUCUAAUCUUAAUGAACUCUACCAUUUCAUGCAGGUUAUACUUAAAGGACACCGAGCAGGAUGUGCUUAAAAGGGCUUUAAACUGAACAGGAUGUGUGUAUUGUUUUCAAAACAAUACACACAUCCAAACCACAUACCCCAUCCAAAACUUUUGGAUGGGGUAUUUAAGUGCAAUUGACUUAAAGGUAAAAAAAGGAAAGCUUUGUCACAUGGUUAGGGCUUAACGGUUCUUAUCGUUUUCUCUUUGUCGUUAGCUAGAUUUGUAAUGUGCAGACUUGAGAGCUUUUGCCUUUGUAAACAAACAGAACUUUGCAUCUGUAAUUUGUCACCAAAAGCCAGGACAUACUCUGUGUUGUUUUCACUAGGCCUCAACUUGUUGACUGGCAUGUAUUCUUUUUGUUGAUUUUUUGGUAUCAUAUUUUAUGUGCAUUUCCUUCCUACAAAGACAACUUGUGUUAGAUGGGCUAAAAUGUAUUCUUCAGUAGUGUUUAUCAGAGAGCUCUUAUAUUUGUGACUCUUCCCUGAAUAUUCACCACAGUCAGUGAACCGCUGUUGUGUUCAAUGUAAUUGUUGUGUUUUUAAAACAAUGGCAACGAUGAGUACAACCUGUUGUGUUCAUGUACUUGACGUCAUUGUAAAGAUGAUUAUGAUGGUAUUCUGUUUGUGAACCCUUGCAGCUUUCAUACACUGAAAAACUUUUUUUCCCCCCUUGGCACGACCUUCUUUGAACUUUCUACUGUUAUGCUUUUGUGAGAAUGCAGUGCAGUCGUUUUGGUUUAGCUAUGGAGCAAUGGCGGCCUCUAGUGGUUUUGAGAGGACCUACAAUGCUCACCGUCACUUUAGCUUUUCUGUAGUCACAAACCCAGAUUUUAAAAGAGGUAUGUAAUUUAGUUGAAGGAAAAAAAGUAAAGGGAAAUUUAUAUUCAGAUUAGUUGUAUUCAUGUUACUGAUUUUAAUUCACCAGGCCCACUUCAUGGUACAAUGUAUACUGUUUUUGUAACAUUGUAUUUGUAGGUUAUUGGUUCAAGUCUACAUCAGAAAGUCUUGAAAUCUGUUGGUUUGGACAACAUGAUGAUUUUAACCUCCUCUCUUGGUGACCACUUGUGCAGUAGGCCAUGAAUAGCAGCUAUAUAUGUAAGAAAUGAACGAAAUGAAUUGUCAAAGACAAUUAAACACAAUUCCCCAAACCUACGUAGAACCAUCCUACCCUUAUCUGUAGCACAUACUUAUUGGUGUCCAAGGUGGGCUGGGCCCAUGCAACUGGCUUUGGGCAUGAACAUGGGUAAAACCUGGGUUGGUUUUAGUCAAUCUCAGGACACAUAACAUCAAACAACCAUUCACAGUCUUCAAUGAACCAAACAAAAAGUCUUAAUUCUCUAUAGGUGUGACUGCAUGUGCCAAUGCUUGUUUGUCAUGAGAAUGAUCGGCAACCAGUCCAGCAUUUAUCCUAGCUGUUGCCCAAACUCAGCUGAGAGAAUAGAAAUUGGAUGGGGGGGAUUUGUUACUAUAAAAUGAAACGUGAAACCAUGAGUGACAGCUGUUGUAUACAUCUUUAUGUAUGGUGUACUGUUUGCUUGCAGCAAUCUGAUGUGUCCUGAUGAAUAUUGUGCAAAGACAGACAGCUGCCAUUCUAGUUUUAUGUGCUGUAUCCAAAAAAAAAAAAAAAAAAAAAAAAAAAAAGGAGCAAGUUGUUCUUUCAACAUUCGGUAUUUGAUAUGCAUUCAACACAAAGACUUUCCACAUCAGUGAGGAAGCCUGUUUCAAGAAUGUAAACUUGGUGAUUGCAAAUGUAUUUUAUUACGUUUUAAGUAUGCCAAUCAAAGUCAUCUUUUAAGUCAAUAAACAGUCCAAAUCAAUUGUGUCACACAAGACUGACUUUUUUUCCCUCAGGCUGGAGUCACCAGAAAUUGGUUGGAAUAGGCUGCAGCUCACCCUUGACCGUGAUGAGGCUAAGCACUGUAAUGACAAAAAUAGACCAAAAGUAGCGUCGUCACUCAUUGGCUGCCAUUGACAAAGUGAUAGAUGGAAAUACUGUUCAUUUGAAUGGAGAGGGUUGACAAUGACCACUACUAUGCAGUUCAAAUGAAUUGAACGUUUAUUGCCAUCAAAGGCAGCCAUUGAAUUAAUGCACAUUUGAGAGAGAAAAUAAGCAAAGGUACCAAAAUGUUUUGCUUUCUUUUUGCCUAGUUAUUGUUCAUUCAUUUCUUUCAUAGAACACUAUUUGUUCACAAAGUUCAUGGUUACGUGGAGGCCAGACAGUGUUUCCCAGCCCUAAGAUAAUCAUGUGCCUUGUGAAGAAUCAUUAAAUUAAAUGCAGUUUU